AAAAUAUUAGUUUUUGUAUAAUUAUAUUUAUUUAUUUAUAUUUUUUCCCGAUUUAACAUAUAUUUUUAAAAUGUCUACAUUAUUUGAUAUAUUCCAAAAUACCACCAAAAGAGAUAAUAAAAAAACUGUUAUCACUAUCCCAGUUUUAGAUAAAGAAACCAACUCAUUUAACUCAUAUAAAAUCACAUAUCAAAAAUUCUUAAAUGAUGCCAUCAGUAUCGCAAAUAAAAUCAACGAAGAAGGUUUAAAAAAAGGUGAUGUAGUUUCAAAUGUUAUUACAAAUGGUUAUCCAAUUCUUUCAUGUUUCUUAGGCACAACAUUUUCAAAAUGUAUUUCAGCACCAUUAAAUUCAGCAUAUAAAGUUGAUGAAUUUAAUUUUUAUUUUAAAGAUAUGGGCGCAAAUCUUGUUAUUAUUCAAAAGGGUUUAACUGAGGCAUUUGCAUCAGCCAAAGAAUUAGGUAUUAAAGUUUGGGAAUUAACAGAAGUUACUAAAGGUGAUAAAUUAUUCUACACAAUUACCAAUCCAAACAAUAAUGAUGAAUUAAUCUUUUCAACUGAAAAUAUUGGUGGUGAAGAAAGUGACCAACCAAAAUUAAACGUUGUCCCAGAAAAAGAUGAUGUUGCUUUAUUCCUUCAUACCUCUGGUACCACCAGCAGACCAAAAGGUGUUCCUCUUACACACGAAAAUCUUUCAGUCUCAAGCUCAAAUAUUGCCAAUACAUUCCAUUUAGCACCAAAUGAUUGCUCAUUAGUUGUUAUGCCACUUUUCCACGUUCAUGGUUUAAUUGGUGUUUGUUUAUCAUCAUUCUUUGCUGGCUCAGGUCUUGUUAUUCCACCAAGAUUCAGUGCUUCAGUCUUCUGGCAACUCGUUAGACAAUUCAACAUUAACUGGUAUAGUGCUGUUCCAACCAUUCACACUAUUUUAUGCUCAGUCCAACAAGGUCAAUCUGAAAAUCCAAAUAAAGGUCUUUUAAGAUUUAUUAGAUCAAGUAGUUCAAGUUUAUCACCAACCCUCUUAGAAACACUCGAAAACUUUUUCGGUUGUCCAGUAGUCGAAUCAUAUGGUAUGACCGAAGCUUCUCAUCAAAUGGCCUCAAACCCAUUACCACAAGAUGGUGCCAGAAAACCAGGUUCCGUAGGUAAAGGUAUGAACGUCCAAAUUAGCAUUGUUGACGAUCAAGGUAACCACCUCAAACAAGGUGAUGUUGGUGAAGUUUGUAUUAAAGGAAAGAAUGUUACCCAUGGUUACCAUAAUAACCCACAAGCCAACAUUGAUAAUUUCACUAAAGAUGGUUGGUUCCUUACUGGUGAUAUUGGUUAUUUAGACCCAGAAAACUAUUUAAUUCUCAAGGGUAGAAAGAAAGAAAUUAUUAACCGUGGUGGUGAAAAAAUUAGUCCACUCGAAGUCGAUAAUGCUCUUUUAGAAAAUGAUAAAGUUUUAGAAGCUAUUUGCUUUGGUGUUCCAGAUCAAAAGUAUGGUGAAGAAAUUUGGGCCGCAAUAAUCCCAAAAGAAGGCCAAACCCUCACUGAUGCUGAGAUUACAGAAUUCCUCCAAAAGAAAUUAGUCUCAUUCAAAAUCCCAAAGAAAAUCAUCAUCACUAAAGAAUUACCAAAAACUGCCUCUGGUAAAGUCCAAAGAAGAAUAAUAAGUGAAUUCUUUUUUAAACAAUAUUCAAACUAAAAAGCCCCCCAUUAUUUUUUAAACUAAAAUAAUAAAUUCAAUAAAAAACAUUUUUAAAUUUUAAAAU